AUCUAGUUUCAUAUAAUAAAAUCCAAUUACAUAAUAAUGGUAUUAUAUAUAAACACAUUUUAUUACUAUAACAAACCUACAUAAAUAAAACAUCUAUCAUUGGUGUACUUAUAAAGCAAAGUUCAAUAAUAAUUAUUUACAGAAUAUUAAUAGCAUAGAAUUACAAGCAUGAAGGCUUGACUACAUAGGGACCUAAUUUAUUAUCAUCAAUGUCAUAAUGAUAAUUUAUUUGUGGUGUUGGUGGUCAUAGAUAUAUUCCUAUCUACAUGUUACUACCCCAUUUCCUUUUAACUCUCACUAUCUUAUCUACUACUGAGGUGGCACCAUCAGCAUAGGGAUUACUUCUCAUUUUAUCUUACAGAAUACUGAUAAACAAUAAAAUUUCAACAGUAGGUACUUGAUAUCAUUUAAUAUAUAAUUAUUCAUAAGUCGUAUCGUAAGCAGUUAAACCCCUUUUACAUAACAAUACAGUGCCAUCUAAAGGACUCGCAAAAAAUAAUGAAAAACUCGCAUUAAUAUUAACAAGUCCCGACACAGAAUUUUGAGCACUGUUUCAUUGAAGGGAACCAUAAAAGUUGUACGAAGUAGAGAUCGGGAGCGAAUAUUGAUUAGGGGUGGUUGCGCGCGACAGCGGCGCGAGGGGAGCGCGCCGGGCUGCGCGCGCCGCCGCCGGAGAGCGCCCAUGUGGUGCCGCCGCUGCGACCCUCCAUUGCCAUCCCAAUUAUACACUCAUGUUAAAAUCCACGUAAUAUCUAGUGCUCCUGCCUCACUCGUCUCCGGCCGUGUCUCGCCAUCAUGUGAGCCGGACCGCGGCCGCCUCCUCACGCAUCCUCACCUAUUGCGAACGACUACGUAAAAAUCAAUAAGUCACAUAGUGAAACUUGGAUAUAUUGCAUUUUCAUAUGAACAGUGCCUGUAAUGUAGUCGCGCAACGAUGUGGAGUGUGUUCCAAUAGUGUAUAAUUUGUAUUUCAGUGAAGAUAUAAAAAGUUACCGAUGUUCAAUCACAAGUUACCGACUGACUUUCCAAUGCAAACCCUUCGUAAGAAAACCAGCCCUUGCAAAUACAAGAACGAGCCGGGCCGGUUCUUAGGCGAGGGCGUAUCGUUUCGCGCCAAGCUGAUAGGGGUACUGGAAGUGCCCGAGGCCCGGGGAGACAGGAUGUGCCAGGAGGCGCUGGCCGACCUGAAGAUGGCCAUACGAGCCGCUGGAGAACAUAAGCAGAGGAUACAAGUUCAUGUUGCUAUUGAUGGAUUGAGGCUGCGGGAUGAUAAGACUGGGGACUCGCUGUACCACCACCCGGUGCACAAGAUAUCCUUCAUAGCACAAGACAUGACGGACUCCAGGGCGUUUGGCUACAUAUUCGGCUCCCCCGAUACCGGCCACCGAUUCUUUGGCAUCAAGACUGAUAAAGCUGCUAGUCAAGUAGUAAUAGCAAUGAGAGACUUAUUCCAAGUGGUAUUUGAGCUGAAGAAGAAAGAAGUGGAGAUGGCAAAGCAGCAGUUGGAAGGCAAGACUGUUACCAGUAGCCUGGUGCGCCACGCCACCAACGCCUCCACUGAGAGCAAAACUAAGAGCAUCACCUCAGUGGGGGAGACCAGUUCCUCCACGUCCAAGACCGCAGACGUCGGUGCUGAAGGUGGAGUGGCUGAGCUGGUGGACUUAGAACAGGAACUCAGUUCCCUUCGAAGAGGACUCACGCAAGUUGAGGGUCUGACGCCUUCCAAUGACCCCUUUGGAGAUUCCUUCACGGCUUUGCCUACGCAGAAGGGUCUCCUACCCCCUCCUCCUACGGGGUCAUCAACCCGCGGCCGCACAUCAGCCGCGCCGUCCGUCCCCCGCGGGGUGUUCAGCCCCGGCAAGGCGGCGCCAGCACUACCUUUCGACCUGGCUACAGUGGCCGCCGAGUUCGAACCGACCCCCGCACUCGUUGAUAAUCUCAGCGAUACGCCGGUAUGCCAGCCCGGCGCGUCCACGACGCAGUCGCUCAGUUACGACGUAUUCACGGAACUAGACCCCCUCGGCACCGGCCGGAGUAAACCUUACGUUGACAAAAAACUCUUCUUUCAGGAGCUCAAAAAUCCGCCAAAGAAAGUGCUCAAAGACCUCGUGUCGACACAGAGUCUAAUAUCAGACAUAUUGCCGGUGACCACAGACACUAAGAUAGAGCAUUACGGGCCGGCGACGACGAUGACGUCACUGUCGCGGCACUCGGGCGGCUCGGUAGCGAUCGUCAAGCCGACGCAGACCGCCCUGUUCACUGGCAACUUUUUCUCGUCAGAUCCCUUCGCGGAGACGGAUCCCUUCGAUAACACUGAUCCCUUUUCGGAUUCCUUCAAAGACGAUCCGUUUACGAGUAUGCAGGAGUUCCCGAAGGCGAGUGUGUUGAGAGUGGAUGAGCUAAAGAGCAAACUGAGCAAGGAGGAUAAGUCGGAGCCGCUGGAGAACGGCAAGAGUGUGUUCAACGGGCCGCUGCAGGUGUCGCUGCCGCCGGAGCCCGCGCCCAAGUCGCCGCGGCUGCAGAGACAGAACACCGAAAGCAGUUCAGUCCGGCAGCGUCCUCAAGCACACAAGCUGAGCGCGGACGGUGCGUCGCCCCCGCCCCCACUGCCGCCCAAGAAGGUGGGGGAGCUGCCCGCCGCCCGGCCCCCGCCUCGGCCCCCACAUGAUCACGAAGACGAAGACGUUGGGCCCCCACUGCCUAAGCCUGCGAUGAGGAGAGAACCUCUGGCUGACCGCAGCAUGAAGCCCCGCCUCUCCUCAGCAGCGACCAAUAGCAGCGAGGACGAGUACCUGACCCCCGCGCCGCCGCCGCUGCCCACCGCGCGGCGGUUCGACAUCACGCUCAGCCAGCUGCUCACGUGCACCAUGGACGAACUGGCACACAGGUUGCGAGUUCCUGCAACAACUCUGUCUUCUAUGACUCUACCUCAAUUAACCGAUUACCUCAGAUCGUAUUUAGCAGCUGAUAAUGAUAGAGCGCAUAUACACGUAGAAUCAACAGCUAAAACGGAAAAAGAGAAACCAAUCACAGCCGUAUCAGGGUUAUCAACGCCAAGCGGUAUUCUCGACAAGCCAGUCACAAACGACUUCAAACCGCAAUUCGAAGACAACUUCACGCCACCCGCAGAAACAAAUGACACUUUUGUUGCUAACUUCGACGAUUUCGACAAGAAAGCGAAUCCUUCAUACGAUAGAUAUGCAGCGUUUAGAGAAAUACAGGAAGAGGAAUUAAAAGCUAAGUCUAUAUUGGACCCUAUUGAUGCCUUAGAGUCUGAGCCGAAGCAGGACUCGGAUGAAAAAGAAUUGACAGCUAUAGAGAAUCUUAUACGAGCGAAUCAAGAUAGGGAAAGUGAUAGCAAGGAGCCCGCAAGAAGUCCUUUAAAAACGUUGGAUGAAUUGACGCUAGAUUCGUUCAAUAUGUUCAGGAACUCUGUCAGUCCGAAGCCGUCGCAGAUUGACGCGAAGAUAGAGGAUAUAAAGUCUGUUAUGAAAACGCUGCAGAUUGAGAAGUCUAGGAGAAGUGUGUCGCCGAGAGAUAAUGGACAUGUUGAUGUUAAACAUGAAGAUACUAAUGAUAGAUACGCAGCUCUCCGUGAGAUCACAAUAACGGAACCACCACAGGACGAAUUCGAGUCGCUACCUCCGGAACUACCGAAAGAACGAAAGCGUUCCGACGAGAAAUCCGACGGUUUCGACAAUUCCGACUUUUUCGACUGUAUCGACAACAGUUCACUCUCUUUCACGCACGUGGAAGAUGCGUUUAGAAAGAGUCCUAUAGUGAAGGAGAUAGAGGAGAAGAAGUUAGAAGAGAUAAAGGAGCCUCAGGUGGAAAUAGUACCUUUGCCUGUGAGGGAUCUAGCUCCCCCCACUAGACUGUCUACAGGGUCUAUUAGUGAUGUCGUUAGUGGCUCCUCGCCUGAUACUAAAGAGAAGCUAGGCGGUGCAGUGGUGGGCGGCGCGCGCGGCACGCGGUGGGCGGCGCUGGGCGGCGCGGCGGCGUCGCCCGCGUCGUCCGACUCGCGCGACUCCGAGCCGCGCCUCCGUCUGCGCCGCGCCAGGCACCACGACCCGCCCGCUAGAGCGCCCAUCGUACAAACAUCAUCGUCAUCUCGCGACGUGUCUCCGUGGGACGAGGAGUUGCCGCCUGUCACGCGGCUGCAGCGACCGCCCUCACAUAGAGAUAGAGAUUCUAGACACAACUCAUCCGGCUCAAGAGAAUGUCUUGACUCAGGCAGCGGCCGAGAAAAGGACAAAUUGAGAGACAAACGCGACAUGAGGGACCGAGAGAGGGACAUGAGCAGGGACGGCAGAGACUCAGCAAGGGACCGCAGGGACUCUGCCAGGGAUUCGGGCAGCGGCAGGGACCGACGCGACGUCAGCAAGGAACGCGACCACAGGGACCAUAGAGACAGAAGGGAUAGAAGAAGUAGGGACAGAGAGAAUGACUCCUGGGAUAGAGACAGGACGUAUAGCAGGGAUAGAGAGUACAGAGACUCUAGGAGUAGAGAGAGACUGCCCAAAGACUACAGAGAUAAGGACAGGGAUAGACAUAGGAAGCCGAGGCAUUCGUAUGAUGAGGAUGAGGAUUACAGUGACGGGUGCGGGUCUGGUCGGUCGUCGCCUAGAGACCGGUGGCCGGACCAACGCUGGAGGAGAGACGAUAGAAAUUAUGGGUCGCUAGGCUGGCGGGAAACGAGACGUCGAGCUGAAUUGAGACAGACUGAAGAUUCUAGUGAAAGAAGGUACGGCUCAACUCUGGGUUGGUCGACGCGUCGCGCCGCUCCAAGACGCGACUCGUCCCGGGAACGUGACAGUUCCCGUGACGUGCGCGAAUCCCGUGACGUGAGAGAAACUCGUGACGCCAGAGACACGCGAGACGUCAGAGACUCUCGCCGGCGAGUACGCAGAGACGACGCACGGAGGCCCAGAGACUAUCGCUUCUCUAACGACUUCUCACCCAGAGAGAGAGAUGCUGAACCGUUUGAUAAUGACUUCCAAGAAACGCCUACGCCGACUGGGAAGAAGAGGGCGCCUUAUACUACUUUGGAAGGAACUAGAUUCGCGUUCGAGCCAGAAGACGCGACGGCAUCCCCCCUAUCCGCGAGCAGUGCCCGCGCGCGGGACAGCGAGCACAGCACCGCUCGGUUCCGCUUCGACUCCGACUCCGUGUCGCCGCGCUCCAUGUUCGAGGACGACUUCGCCGCGCCGCCCCGCCCCCGCACCGCCUCCAUCGCCGAGGAGGACGAGGAUCUGCCCCCGCUGCGCCAGCGUCCGCCCCCAACCACCAACACCCGCGACAUACGUAAGUCCGACUCCAUUAAUAUCUUCACCAGGGAAUCUGACCCCUUUGAGGGCGAUGCUUUCUUCGCUUGCACUGGAUCUGAUAGAGCCGCGAGACGGGAGAACUGGCCUGGAGACUUUCAAGGGUUCGAUAACGCGUGAGGCGAACAUCAAUGCAUAAUGUAAUAAAUCUUUGACAGUGUUUUUUUUUAUAUAAGUGAAUUUUUAAUACCAACUUGUAGACAGACUAGACAUUCCGUUUCUUACAGCGCCUGAAUUGUGACCUCUAUUUGCAUUAUUUCGUACUCAUUUUUCGGCUCGCUUUCAAAGAUCCUAAAGUUAAGUCUCGCUGCGAGACCGAAUUUUUCAUAAAAAAUAUUAUGAUAUUAUAACUAUUUGCCUUUUUGUGAUGAAAGAGAAAAGUGUGUUUGAUUAAAUGCUAUGUGCUGGCCACUUUAGUGUUACUAAAUCUUUUAUAUGCUUAUUAAUAUUUAAUAGCGCAUUUUCAAAGUAUUAGAACGCGAGAAAAUGCAAAUAGAGGUACUGAAAUAUUGUAUAGAUAAAAGUCAUAAUGAGGAUUGGUAAUGAAAAGAGUCUUGCCAUAGAAAUUAAGUAUUUUAUCAAGGAUCUCGUGUAAUCUGUACGAUAGGCCAUCCCAGAUAAAUGUCUAAAAUUAACCUCACAAUCGUUCUCAAACGCAAGGCUUUUUCAUCAUUACGCAUUGCGAUCACAGAACAUAUAUACCCUAAAGGGAAGAAUAACGACUCCGUACAAAUUUUAUGAGGAAAUUUUUCCUUACCGGCCGGCGCCAUCUAUAUUCCGCCCACGAAAACUAGAGAGUAGAAGCUAGGGCGGGAGUUUCAAACUACAGUAUAUUCUAUAGGUCAUUUUUAUUGCAUUUUAUGCACAAGUACAGGGGCCCGAUUCUCCUAAGUUAAUAAUGUUAAAAUCGAAUAGAAAUUGAAUCGCAAUAUGAUCGCAGUAGCAGUUUUAACCAUAUCGGGCAUUCUGCUACUAAUAUAAGACCAAUCGUAUUCCAACGACAUUCGAUUGGUUUGCGAUUGGUCUGCUAUUUUGGUGAUUUUGGUCUAUACGGUAGUUUGCUCUACAAUCAUAUUGCAAUCGUAAAUCAUUUGCAGACAAAAUGAUUCAUUAUUGAAUGACAGAAAAGGAUAAAAACGUUUAUUUCAAAGAAAAAAUAGCGGAAUGCCACAUAUGCUUCAAUCGUAAUUGAGUCGGGAUUGAAUCUCAGUCGAAUGUGAAUCGACUCGACUGAAUCGUAAAAUUAGGAGAAUCGGGCCCCAGUGCGUUCGUCGAUUAUGGCUGAGCAAGAUUAUCACAUUUUGCUCAGCAAUAAUCGACAUGAAACACAGUGUACUUGUGCAUAAAUUGCUAAUAUUUAUCUUUAUAGAGCAGUGCAGCAGUGUAAUAAAAGGAAGAUUACAGUACAA